GUGGCGGCGGCAGAGGCCGCCGCCCCGGGCCGGCUCUCCCGCCCAGGCCCGGUCAGGCAGCGCCCAAUCAGCGCGGGCCCGGCUUGGCCUGCGGCUCCUCCUCCUGCCGCCUUCCUUUCCUCGCAAGCCUCCGCCGAGCGAGGGCAAGCUUUUGCUGGCCAAGCCUGGACAACCCUGCCGCCGUGACCCCCGCCACCCGCUCGCUCCUCAUGGACGUCGAGCGGCUCUGCAGGGGCUCGGCCAGCUCGGAGCCCUUUUGGGACUGGAAUGUAACAUGGCACACGGAGUAUCCAGAUUUCACCAAGUGCUUUCAGAACACUGUCCUCAUCUGGAUCCCUUGCAUUUACCUCUGGGCUUGCUUCCCAAUCUACUUUGUGUACCUCCGCUUCCACAACCGGGGAUACAUCCAAAUGUCACAUCUCAACAAAGCCAAAACAGCCUUGGGCCUCUUAUUGUGGAUAGUCUGCUGGGCAGACCUUUUCUACUCUUUCUGGGAAAGAAAUCACAACAUUUUCCAAGCUCCAGUUUUGUUAGUUUCCCCUACAAUUUUGGGCAUAACAAUGCUGCUUGCCACAUUUUUGAUACAGUAUGAAAGGAUGAAAGGAGUCCAGUCUUCCGGAGUAAUGCUGCUUUUCUGGCUUAUUGCGCUCCUGUGUGCUACCAUAACUUUUAGAUCCAAAAUAAUUCACGCCUCUAGUACGGAUUCUGGAGUUGAUGUAUUCCGCUAUAUUACCUUCUACAUCUAUUACACUUUGGUGCUAAUCCAGCUUAUACUGUCCUGUUUCUCUGAACGGCCACCUUUGUUUUCUGAAACAAUUCACGUCCCUAAUCCUUGCCCGGAAUCCAGUGCUACUUUUCUGUCCAAGAUCACUUUCUGGUGGAUCACUGGGUUGAUGGUUCAAGGGUAUCGAAAGCCAUUGGAAGCAAAAGAUUUGUGGUCAUUAAACAAAGAGGAUAUGUCAGAAGAAGUGGUGCCAGGUUUGGUCCGGAACUGGGCAAAGGAGUAUGCGAAGGCAAAGAAGCUUCCAAUGCCGAUGAUGUACUCUCCCAAGAAAGCAACAAAAUCGAGCAGCUCAAAUGGGGAUGUGACAGAAGAAGCUGAAGCCCUGAUUAUCAAACCUUCUCAAAGAGACAAGGAGCCAUCCCUUUCUAAGGUGUUAUACAAGACCUUUGGGCCAUACUUCCUCAUGAGCUUCCUGUUUAAGGCCUUUCAUGAUCUUAUGAUGUUUACAGGACCGGAAAUCUUAAAAUUGCUCAUUAACUUUGUGAAUGACAAGAAUGCCCCUUAUUGGCAGGGCUACCUGUACACAGCACUCCUCUUCGUCUCGGCCGGUUUGCAGACUCUGGUCAUUCACCAAUACUUCCAUAUUUGUUUUGUGACUGGGAUGAGGCUUAAAACAGCUGUGAUCGGUGCAGUCUAUCGAAAGGCCUUGGUCAUCACAAAUUCAGCCAGGAAGACUUCUACUGUUGGAGAAAUUGUCAACCUGAUGUCUGUAGAUGCCCAGAGGUUCAUGGACUUGGCCACCUACAUCAACAUGGUCUGGUCUGCGCCUCUUCAAGUUAUACUGGCCCUGUAUUUGCUCUGGCAGAAUUUAGGUCCCUCAGUGCUUGCUGGCGUGGCUGUCAUGUUGCUACUGGUUCCUGUCAACGCUGUGUUAGCAAUGAAAACAAAGACCUAUCAGGUUGCUCACAUGAAUUGCAAAGACAACAGGAUUAAGCUGAUGAAUGAAAUUCUCAAUGGGAUCAAAGUGCUAAAACUUUAUGCCUGGGAAUUAGCCUUCAAAGAAAAAGUCUUGGGGAUCAGACAGGAAGAGCUGAAGGUGCUCAAAAAGUCUGCUUAUCUUGCUGCAGUGGGAACAUUCACGUGGGUGUGUGCCCCUUUCUUGGUUGCUUUAUCAACAUUUGCUGUUUAUGUGUCAGUUUCUGACCAGAAUGUCCUGGAUGCUCAGAAGGCAUUUGUGUCUCUGGCAUUGUUUAACAUCCUCCGGUUCCCCUUGAACAUUCUUCCAAUGGUCAUCAGCAGCAUUGUGCAAGCAAGUGUGUCUCUGAAGCGUCUCCGAGUGUUCCUGUCUCAUGAAGAGUUGGAUCCAGACAGUAUCGUCAGAGGCUCCAUCAAAGACUCCGAUGGCAACAGCAUUGUUGUGAAGGAUGCCACCUUCAGCUGGUCAAGAAGUGAUCUUCCAUCUUUGAAUAACAUUAAUUUUGUGAUCCCAGAACACCGCUUGAUCGCAGUCGUUGGCCAGGUCGGUUGUGGCAAAUCCUCACUGUUGUCUGCACUUCUAGGAGAAAUGGAAAAAAGAGAAGGGCACGUCUCUCUCAAGGGCUCCGUCGCCUAUGUCCCUCAGCAAGCUUGGAUCCAGAAUGCAACUCUGAAGGAGAACAUCAUAUUUGGAAGAGAGGUGAAGGAGAGCCAAUAUAAACAUGUGAUUGAGGCCUGUGCCCUCAGGCCAGACUUGGAGAUUUUCCCAUCAGGAGACCAGACAGAAAUAGGAGAAAAGGGCGUAAACCUAUCUGGUGGCCAAAAACAAAGAGUCAGCCUGGCUCGAGCCGUCUACUGUAAUGCUGAUGUCUACUUGCUGGAUGACCCCUUGUCAGCUGUCGAUGCUCAUGUUGGGAAACACAUCUUUGACAAAGUCGUUGGACCAAAGGGAAUCCUGAAAAACAAAACUCGAGUUCUGGUAACUCAUGGUGUUGGUUAUCUGCCCUUGAUGGAUAUGAUUAUAGUGAUGACCGAAGGAAAAAUUUCAGAGAUGGGAUCAUACCAAGAGCUGCUAAAGCAAGACAGGGCCUUCGCAGAGUUCCUGCGCACAUACGCUAGUGCAGAACAGAAUGUGGACAAGGAAGGUACCAGGUCAGAAGAAGAGGAAGCUCCAGGCCAGCGGCAAGUGACAAUGGAAGUUGUAAUCCAGCAACCUCUGGGGGACCUGCUCACCACUGCUUUAAACUCUAGGGAAGAUGCAAACAGCCUGACUGCUAAGGAAGGAAAGCUCAUGGAAAAUGGGAUUCUUGUGAACGAAACCUCAGGAAAGGAAGUCAUGAGACAGCUCAGUAACUCCUCCACAUACAGUGGUGAAACUGAGAAGUCGUUGCAGCAGAACAGCACGACUGAGCUUCAGAAGGCACCGGAAGAAAAGAGUGCCUGGAAACUAACAGAAGCUGAUACUGCCAAGACUGGGAAGGUGAAGACGACUGUCUACUGGGAGUAUAUGAAAGCCAUCGGACACUCCAUCACCUUCCUGAGCAUCUUCCUCUUUAUGUGCAACCACGUGGCCUCUCUGGCUUCCAACUACUGGCUAAGCCUGUGGACAGACGAUCCUGUUAUCAAUGGGACUCAGCAGCACACGGACCUCCGGCUGGGGGUGUAUGCAGCGCUGGGCAUGACUCAAGGUAUUGCAGUGUUUGGUUACUCAAUGGCAGUUUCUAUUGGAGGAAUAUUUGCUUCCCGCCGUCUCCAUGUUGACUUGCUCUACAACGUCCUUCGGUGCCCAAUGAGCUUCUUUGAGCGGACGCCCAGCGGGAAUUUAGUGAACCGGUUCUCCAAAGAAAUAGACACCAUCGAUUCUGUGAUACCCCAGAUAAUCAAGAUGUUCAUGGGCUCGAUGUUUAAUGUCAUUGGGGCCUGCAUUAUUAUCCUCUUGGCCACGCCGGUGGCUGCUGUGGUCAUUCCUCCGCUGGGAUUCGUCUACUUCUUUGUACAGCGGUUCUACGUAGCCAUUUCCCGCCAGCUGAAGCGCCUGGAGUCAGUCAGCCGCUCCCCAGUGUACUCUCACUUCAACGAGACGCUGCUGGGAGUCAGUGUCAUCCGAGCCUUUGGGGAGCAGAAGCGGUUCAUCCAACAGAGUGAUGUGAAGGUAGAUGAGAACCAGAAAGCUUAUUACCCGAGCAUCGUCGCCAACAGGUGGCUCGCAAUCCGGCUGGAGUAUGUUGGGAACUGCAUUGUCCUCUUUGCAGCUCUUUUUGCCGUCAUCGCACGCCACAGCCUGAGUCCAGGCUUGGUCGGGCUCUCCAUCUCUUACGCCCUGCAGAUCACCACUUACUUAAAUUGGUUGGUUCGCAUGUCAUCUGAGAUGGAAACAAACAUUGUAGCUGUGGAAAGAGUCAAAGAGUACUCUGAGAAGGAAAAAGAGGCAGAAUGGACUAUUAAGGAAACCGCCCCGCCGAACAACUGGCCUCACGAAGGCAAGGUGGAGUUCAGGGAUUAUGGCCUUCGCUACAGGGACGACAUGGAUUUGGUUUUGAGAGACAUCAACAUCACUAUCAGUGGAGGAGAGAAAGUGGGCAUUGUUGGAAGAACAGGAGCUGGAAAAUCAUCCCUCACUCUCGGCUUGUUCCGGAUCAACGAGGCAGCCAAAGGGGAGAUUCUCAUUGAUGGGAUUAACAUCGCUAAGAUUGGGCUUCACGAUCUUCGUUUCAAGGUCACAAUCAUCCCCCAGGACCCCAUCUUGUUUUCUGGCUCUCUGCGUAUGAAUCUGGACCCUUUCGACCAAUACUCUGACGAAGAUGUAUGGACGUCUUUGGAACUCGCCCACUUGAAAGGCUUUGUGUCGGCACUCCCUGAUAAACUCAAUCAUGAGUGUUCAGAAGGUGGAGAGAACAUCAGCGUUGGGCAGAGACAGCUGGUGUGCCUUGCUCGAGCCUUGCUUCGGAAAUCCAAAAUCCUGGUUUUAGAUGAAGCCACGGCUGCCGUGGACCUUGAAACAGAUGACCUCAUACAGUUAACAAUCCGGACUCAGUUUGAGGACUGCACUGUCCUGACAAUAGCACACCGGUUGAACACAAUUAUGGAUUAUACACGGGUGAUUGUUCUGGAUAAAGGUGAAAUUGUGGAAUGUGGUUCCCCUGCCAUCUUGCUCCAAAAGAAGGGCAUUUUCUACAGUAUGGCCAAAGACUCUGGCUUGGUUUAAUGCUUAGGUUGCAGCUUCUCACACUGGGGAUGAAGCUCAGAAGCGGCCUGGUAAACCAGACAUAAAUGAAGAUGGUAGCAUCCGUCAAGAUCCACUGUCCAGAUACUCAAGCCAAAUAAUUCCACUACUUGCAACAUAUUGAAAACGCAACAACUCCCUCCCUCCUUCCUCUUUGCUUUCCUGUCCUUUUAAGAGUUAGUUUGGAAGCACAGGGGUACUGAUGGAUAGGUUGUACUUUUAACCCAAAGCCCAGACGUCAUCUAGAGCAGGGAGUGGCUAAAGUUUCACCCUCCACAUGCUAUUGGACUGCAGUUCCCCAUUAUUCCUGAACACGUUGGCCAAGCUGGCUGGAGCUGAUGGAACUUGUCCUACAAUUGAAGGGCCAAAAUGCAGCCACCCCUAAUUUCUAGGCCUCCAGAGUCUUGCAACCAGUAGGGCCAAGCUAUUUUGAGUCCUUGGUACGUGGAAAGCUUGACUGAAUUAGUGUGUUAAAUGUUGCUGGGUCAUCCAUGUUUCUGUGGGAAGAGGCUCUUAGAAAUGCUGGUCAAUUUCCCCUUGGAAAUCCAGCUUUUCUGUGGGAGGAACCUCUUCAAUAGCUCCUAGAGAGGAUACUAAUUUAUGGGCACAGUCCAAAGUUUCCACGCCAUGAACACCAUUGCUGUAUGCUGGCACAAGAGGAGAGAUUUUCCUUUUAUUGUGAUCGAUGUGCUUAUCACAUUUAAAAUAUGUACUUUUCCUGAUGGCUCCGGCUUGGCAAUGGAGGAAAGAAUUAAGACAGAGAACAGGGGAUUCAUCUUUUUGGCCAUAGAAAGAUUGGAAUUGGUUUGUUUUUUUCAAGAGCUUUUUACCCUGUACCAUAAGGUUUUUUUUAAUCCUGUGGACGAAAGAAUCAACCCCCCAUCAUAGGCAAAAUGUGUGUGUUUUGUUCCAAAAAGCAAAAUUCAGCCUAAUUGUUUCCAACUCCUUAGGGUUUUUUCCCCUAGCCUCCCUCUCCUGUUGUGUCCUGUCAUUUACUUGGGAAGGAUCUGCAACAAAAAUAUGCAUUUCUUGUGCUCUCUGUAGUCUUGUUUUACCAAAGCAAAGUUGGAAAGAAAAUCAAACUUAUCAGGGCAUCUACAUGUGCACUCCAAGAGCUGGGACUUUGAAUUAUGUUGCUGACUUUUUCUAAAGACACAUGUCUCUUCUUAGAAUAAAGUUAUUUAUUUAUUUUUUGUAAAUACAAUUAUCUAAAGUUAAAUAGAUCACAAUUUACUUUGGUAUUUUUGUAAUGACUCAUGGAAAAAAGGUUUCAGUAAAACCUUUUUGUUUGGAGAA